ACUCGCGGCUCCAGCCCGGUCGCCGUGCAGCUCCGUCUCGUGUCGUACCGUACUCUCUCGGCUGCCGGGAGCCGAGGACCUGUCCUGCCCUCAGGCUUGCACCGUCCCGCUGAGUGAAGGCUGCGCUGCCGAGGCCGGGGAGAGGAGCGGUGUAAGGACGGAGGCAGGCGGCCGCGGUGUGAGAGCUGCUAGGAAGCGACAGUAAAGUCAGGCGAACAGAAGAGCGGCUGCCCUCCUGCUCUGCAGAAGUGAGGAGGCACCCGGAGUGCAACAUGACGGCGUGGCUGAGCUUCCUCGUCGUGUUCCUCUGCAGCUGGAGUCUGCGGGAGUUGGUGGUGGAGGCUUGCACUUGCGUCCCCAUCCACCCGCAGGACGCCUUCUGUAACUCUGACAUCGUGAUCCGAGCUAAAGUUGUGGGGAAGAAGCUCAUGAAAGAUGGACCAUUUGGAACGAUGAGAUACACAGUCAAACAGAUGAAGAUGUACAGGGGCUUCCAGAUAAUGCCACACGUUCAGUACAUCUACACAGAAGCCUCUGAGAGUCUUUGUGGAGUCAAGCUGGAGGUCAACAAGUACCAGUAUCUGAUUACAGGCCGUGUGUAUGAAGGGAAGGUUUACACUGGCCUGUGCAACUGGUAUGAGAAGUGGGACCGGCUGACUCUGUCCCAGCGUAAAGGACUGAAUCAUCGUUAUCACCUGGGCUGUGGGUGCAAGAUUAGGCCCUGCUACUAUUUGCCCUGCUUUGCCACCUCGAAGAAUGAGUGUAUUUGGACAGACAUGCUCUCCAACUUUGGCCACUCGGGAUACCAAGCGAAGCACUACGCCUGCAUCAAGAGGGUGGAAGGUUACUGCAGCUGGUACAGAGGAUGGGCACCUCCAGAUAAAACGAUAAUCAAUGCCACAGAUCCCUGAGCACGCUACCCCUUCCUUACUCUCCCCUCUCCCUUACUUGUGGCUGAUCUUCCUUUGGACACUAACUCUUACCAGAUCAUGAUGAUGACAAUGAAAUUAGUGCCUGUUUUCAUGCAAAUUUUAGCACUUGGAACACUUAAAAAGAAAAGGAAAAAAAAAAAAAAAAGAAAAGUCUGUGCUACCUUACUGAAUUUGUAAUCACCUUUUCCAUUUUUUUGAUACCACUCAUUUUGAUCAGAUGAUGUUUGGGAGCGAGCUUUUGCACACCGGAGGGAAAAAAUGGGAGGGGAAAAAUUAAAAAAAAAAACAACAAAAAAAGAAAAACGAAAAAAGAACAGAAAAAAAAGUUGGAGCUCUUGCUCUGUUACAUGUAUCAUUAGCUGUAGCAAUAUAAUCUCUAUUUUUUUAGGAAAACAAAAAUCUAAAAACUAUGCCAAUUAGGCACUGUAUUCUUCUAUGUGCUGGCUUCCUGUCACCCCUCCUCAUGCACUAAGUGCUGAAAAUACGUAGACGAAUCUAUUUGAAGGAAAACAGGUUUCAUGAAUCAGAUUGGCAAAUGAAACAAACUGAAGAGAAACCCAGCCUAAACUGUGGAAAAAAUGACGUCCAAAAGAAAAUCCUCCUUGGUUGGCAGUGUGAUUGACUCCAGCAGUAGUGGGAGAAUUCACCUAGUGUGUCUGACCACAUCAUCUGGUAAAAGCAUUGUUGGCUGAUUGUCCUAGCUAAUUCAGUCACAUUGUGAAUGCAACAGCACAUUAGAAGUUCUGGCUUUCUCCAGAACAAAAGAGAGAAGUAUUUUGUAUUUUUUUUCGUUGUUGUUGUUUGAAAAACAAAAGCCCCAUCCCCUAUAUUCAGGGAGGUGAAUCCACCUACAGCAGAAAACAGAUGCUGUGCCAUCCUGUUUUGAGCAGCAUUGGCCCCUGAAAUUUUUGCAGCUUAGCUUCAACAGCAAAACCAGCUUGUGAACACCUUAAACCAAACAGGUGCCAAAAUACCAACUGUAAAUCAAUCACAUGGAAGAGGGAAAGGGGAGACUUGCUAGAGCUCUUACUAUUAAAAAAAAAAAACCUAUUGCCAAAAUAGUGUUUUGCUGAACUAAGAUGUAUAUACACAUAAUGACAUAAGCUAUUUUUGACAGGAUGUGGAAUUUUUUUUUGGUGUUAUAAACAAAAGAAUUGUUUGAUUGUGUUUUAAAGACAGAAAUAUUGACAUUCCGAGUCAGUGAGUUGUUUUUAAGGUAUUGAAGCUCCAGUAUAUCUGCAGUAGUGGCUACAGUCAAUUGUUUCCUCUGUACCUCCUUGCACCACGGUUCCUCCCCUGCAGCUACACUAGCUGCAUUUGUUUAUACAGUGAAAGGAAGUGUGUGUGGGAGGGCCAGGCAGGGAAGAGUGGUCUCCUAAUAAGUGCUGACUGGGAUGGUAAAAUUUCAGCUGCCCAGAGGAUUCCUUCUGUGUCAAGUGCUGUGUUUCCUUCUCGGCACUGUUAAGCAUAGCUCCAUGCAUGUGUUCAUACCAUGUCCUGCAGUGAUGUGGGAGGAGGAGCCUUUCUGUCAUGUGCUUUGCUGUUGACUGGAGAAGUUUUUUUUUUUUCAUUCUAUUUUGUUUUUUUUUUUUUAAUUAAGAAAACUAUAAUAUAAUUUUUCUUAUCAAAUAAAAGUAUUUUAAGUUUUAAAGAUGGUGAAGAAGGGGUACUGACAAAAUGGGUGACUGUGUUUUGGAUGGGGAGGGCUUGGGCAGGGAGAAGAUUAUGCUUAACUUCAUUUUUUGUAUUAUGAUUAUUUAUCUUAAGUUUCCAUAUAUCUUCAGUUCAUUCCACUUAGAAAGCAGAGCUGCCACCAGCAGGAAAAAGUGUUGCAGUGAUUCCAGCUUGGGGCAAUACAGCAUUUUACAGUCAGUGACCUCAAUUACUAGAGAGGUGUUUGGGACCACUUUGACAAAUAGAAAGGAAAGGGUGUUUGAGGUGGGCCCUGAUGUGUUUUUCCAUUCCUUAGCUGCUUCCAGAGCUCUGCCAGACAUACAUCCCUUGAAAUGGCCCAAUUAGUAGAUGAAUUAUUGCAGCAAAAAGCGUGUGGCUUCAUUUUUUUUUUUAACAUGAACUUUAAAGGGCAUUUUCAAAGAGUUGAUGUAAGAGGUGCCUGGGUCUGCUGAUUGGGUUUUUUUCCAGCUGCUCUGAGUGGCAAUGCAGCACAAAACACAUUGAAAGUCUGUUGGUUUUUCCUGUGAUUCAGGCUUGGAGCACUUGGCAGAAGUCCUCUUCCCUGUGACUACUCCUAAAUUAAGGGUUGGAGAUGAGAGGGAGGGUAAGGUGCUUUACAGCACCCAUCAUAGGAUCAAGUGGUGGGUCAGAACAUUGACCUUUUUGAGAGAGUAUGGGGUUGGGCUUUGGGCACAGUGGAGUGGAGCUCUGACCCCAGGCAUGGCUGACAAAAAUCUCUGAGGGUCCUUGAGGGCAGAGUGGAGCUGGCCUCGCCACCCUCACUGCAUCACUGUCUGGAGCUGGCAUUGCUGGAGAUGGCCCUCCUCAAGCUCAAGGCGACUUUGCAAAGGUGACGUCUCUUUGAGCUGCAGCCGCUUCGGAAGGCUAAAUGAAAAUGCCCCUCGGUGCAGUGAAGCGUUGAUUUGAAUAGUCCUUAAAACUGCAGCUCUGCAAAUUUUACCUGUCACUGAUUCAUUUAUCUAGCUGAGACAUCACAGUAUUGCACUCAAAAUUAUUGUGAAAAUAUUUGCAUUCUAAUACUAUGAGGACUCGUGUCCCGGAGUAGGAUAUAAUGUAGCUAUGUGCUUUGUAAACAACAAAACCAGCAGAUGCAUUACCAGAAAAUGAAGGGUAUUCCCAUUUUAUGUUGCGGAAGGUAAAAUGCUUCUGAGAUGCAGACAGGUGGAUGGGCAGGGGUGGGGGUUUCGUAGCAAAUCUUUCCCCUUGCUGUGUAAAGAAACAGUUGUUAAGGCUUCUACAAAUGUGGAGCCAAAAGAAGGGGGGAGAAUCCAGUAAAAAUACAUUUCUUUCGGGAGGGUUCUUAAUUUUGUUUCUGUGCAUGCUAUCAGGGACAUGCAUUUCUUUGGCUAAGCUUUAGCUUGUUGAUUGCAUUAAGAACUGAACUGAAGGCUCCUUUGAAGUGGGAGGGAGCCAUUAAAUUGAUUGAGCAAGCUCUAAAUCAGACUCAAAGAUUACUUCUUUCUUUCUAUCUGCUCUACUUUCUUCUAUCUGGCUAAGUCACUUCUGCAUGCCAAGGGACAAAACUCUCCCCAGUUACAGCGGGCCAUGCAAUAUGUAGGAACCUCGGGCACAGAGGGUGCAAGGAGACAGGUGUGAAGUUCUCAAAAUGUUAGGCUACAGUGGGCUUGCAGCAGCAGGAUGAUCUACAUGUCACCUCUGACAUGCACCUCGCUUCACCCCAAUAACUGAAGGUCAGGGGAACUGUCAGUGGCAUAGCUGAUGUGAGCAUGACCCUAGGAUAUGUACAGGAUGAGGGCUUCCCCCCCCACACACCUAUGCUUUAGGUAUACCAGCAUUACUAAAAGUACUUUUUAAACAGCACAGCUCAUUUCUAAGCUGUUGCUGUUUGCUUUCUUAUUAAUAGAGGGGGUUUUUUUGUUAUUUGCUUGGGAGUGUUUUCCCCUUUAGAAUUACAAAAACCAUGAAAAAUAUAUUGAAAGUUUGGGAAAGACUGUCUUCAAUUUUCAUUUUCCAAAAUGGAGCAGGAGGAGCUCUGUGAAUCAAGUCCUCUAGUAGGAGGCUUCCCCCUCCUAUGUAUGGGACAAAACUACUAAUUUAGGUCUAAAUUUCUCAUGUUUUUGAAGAGUUACAUGGCCUUUCAGGUAGGACUACCCUAAACUCUAAAUAUAUCACUGUAUCCCACUCGUACUUGGCCACUGUUGCAUUUUCUACGGGAAAGACUGAAGUAGAGGCCUCCAUGGGAAGGAGUUUUCAUUCUUUCAGAUGUCUCCAAGUGUCUCUCAUGACAUCAUUUAUAACUUAAAAGAACAUAACAAAAUUUAGUGAACUGCAAACUCUUUUUUUUGGAUCUUUUUUAGAAUAAGGAGCUUUUGGGGCUCCCAAUCACGAGAAAAGUCUUUGAAAUCCACUAAAUAUGUGCUGCUGCUUUGCGUGUACUGGCCUCUCCUUCUCUCUCUGACACUGUCCUUCCUUCAUAGAGCCACUCUGCUGUUCCUGAUAGUCAUGGAAACUUGGGGAGGGAAUCAAAUCCGUGUGAAAAAAUCUUGUCCAGAAGGAAUGUAUUUGUUGCUAAAUUUUCUAGCACUGUUUACAGUUUUCCUCCAUGUUAUUUAUAAAUUUUAUAUUCAGUGAAUGUAUAUUGUCUUUUAAGGUAAUGUUGCAUAAUGUUCACUUUUUAUAGUGUCCUUUUAUUCUAAACAGUAAAGUGGUUUUAUUUCUAUCACAGACA